AUGGCUAAAUCUACUUGUCGUAAGUUAUUAUAAUUUUUACAAUUAGAAAUAAAAACUAUAAUGACCAAUGUUUUCAGCGUUUUCAAUUGGUUCAACAGAAAUGCCACCAAUUCAAUCGCCGACUUUCGGUAAGUUCAACUUUUUUUGUGAAUUAAAGAACUCCCAGACGAUAAUUAUUCCAAAAUCGUAAACCUCCCAAAAAUAUAUUUAUGACGUGGUAAAGUUGUCACACAUUUCAAGCGUAAUUCAGAAACCGUUUCUAAAAUAAUUUCAGUUUCAGAUUUGGACAAUCCAGCAGCAAAACAAAAAAUGCGAAAUGAAAUGGCAAGAAUCAGCGAUGAGCAAAAGCAAAUCUACAAAGAGACAUUUCCAAAAAUCUUUCAAAAUGCCAAAAGACACGGACUUGUGCUUUUUGCACGAUAUUUCAGUGAUCAUCCGCAUUAUAAAAAUAUUUGGCCACAAUUUCGAAGUCAACAAGAUUCGGCGCUGAUUGCUUCAAAUGAAUUGGCUAAUCAUGCAUCAGUUUAUAUGUGUGGUUUGAAAGUUAGUGAAUGAGGGGAGAUUUUGAUGCUGGUUUGAUUUAGAAAAAUCUGAAUUAGUCCAACAGCUCAGCUACGGUCAAGGUUUCCAAAAAUAGAAAAACUCUACAUUUUUUAUGCUAACCUUCAAAGUUCAUUAGAACCUUGAGAGCUCCUAUUCCAAGAAGCCAAGCCUAGAAAUACAAGUUUUAAGUAUCCGCGCCUAUAGCACCUAAUUGUCUAGAACCCGUAUCUAGAGAUUCGCUCUGACAAGGAGCCACGCCUUGAGAUCUUCUUUACCAAGUAGACAAGCUUUUACAGGAAAUCGUGGAAGUAAUGGAUGACGAGGAAAAAUUGACAUAUUUUAUGGCUCGAAUUGCAAGAAGUCAUGUCAAAUGGAAUAUCAAUAAAUAUCAUAUCACUGUAGGUUUCUCCCAAUCUCCACUUCUCUUAAAUCUUUUUAUUCUUCCUACAGAACAUGAUUCCCGGUUUGGAUGAUGUAUUAAAAUGUUGUUGUGGUCCGGAAGUUGAUCCGAAAAUCACAGAAGCUUGGCAUUUGAUGUAUGAUGUUAUUGGAAAUUUGUUGGAUAUUCAGAAAAAGCUCGUCGUUCGCAGAAUUUUUUAA